CUUGCUCACCAUGCUUCGCGGUGCUCAAGUCAAGGUGCUCAACCGUGGCGCGCUCCGCGCUGCCCGCAAGAACGCGGCCGUCUUCAACGCGGCCCGCACCCUUGCGACCAAGGCUGCGUCGCCCGCCGUCCUCCCCAAGGUCCUUCCUCGCGCCGCCUCGGCCGCUGCUGCGCCCCGUGCGUACGCCACCGCCGCCAAGAACGUCGUCGGCAAGGUCAAGCAGGUCAUCGGUGCCGUCGUCGAUGUCCAGUUCGACACCGAGGACCUCCCGCCCAUCCUCAACGCCCUCGAGGUCCAGGGCUUUGAGCACCGCCUCGUCCUCGAGGUCUCGAUGCACCUUGGCGAGAACACGGUCCGCACCAUCGCCAUGGACGGUACCGAGGGUCUCGUCCGUGGCCAGGAGGUCAUCGACUCGGGCGCGCCCAUCCAGAUCCCCGUCGGCCCCGGCUGCCUCGGCCGCAUCAUCAACGUUAUCGGCGAGCCGAUUGACGAGCGUGGCCCGAUCAAGGCCGUCAAGACGCUGCCCAUCCACGCCGACCCGCCCGCGUACGUCGACCAGUCGACCGCGCCCGAGGUCCUCGAGACCGGCAUCAAGGUCGUCGACCUGCUCGCCCCGUACGCUCGUGGCGGCAAGAUCGGCCUGUUCGGCGGUGCCGGUGUCGGCAAGACGGUCCUGAUUCAGGAGCUCAUCAACAACGUCGCCAAGGCCCACGGUGGUUACUCCGUCUUCACGGGUGUCGGCGAGCGUACCCGCGAGGGCAACGACCUGUACCACGAGAUGAUCGAGACGGGUGUCAUCCAGCUCGACAACGACAAGUCGAAGUGCGCGCUCGUGUUCGGCCAGAUGAACGAGCCGCCCGGUGCCCGCGCCCGUGUCGCCCUUACCGGCCUGACCAUCGCCGAGUACUUCCGUGACGAGGAGGGCCAGGACGUGCUCCUCUUCAUCGACAACAUCUUCCGCUUCACCCAGGCCGGUUCGGAGGUGUCGGCCCUCCUCGGACGUAUCCCGUCCGCUGUCGGCUACCAGCCCACGCUCUCGACCGACAUGGGCAUGAUGCAGGAGCGCAUCACCACCACCAAGAAGGGCUCGAUCACCUGCGUCCAGGCCGUCUACGUCCCCGCCGACGACCUGACGGACCCGGCCCCGGCCACCACCUUCGCCCACCUCGACGCCACCACGACCCUGUCGCGUGGUAUCGCCGAGCUCGGUAUCUACCCGGCCGUCGACCCACUCGACUCCAAGUCGCGCAUGCUCGACCCGCGCAUUGUCGGCCAGGAGCACUACGACAUCGCCACGGCGACCCAGCGUCUCCUCCAGGACUACAAGGGUCUCCAGGACAUCAUCGCCAUUCUCGGCAUGGACGAGCUCUCGGAGGCCGACAAGCUCACCGUCGAGCGUGCCCGCAAGGUCCAGCGCUUCAUGUCGCAGCCGUUCGCGGUCGCUGAGGUGUUCACGGGCAUCGAGGGUCGUCUCGUCCCUCUCAAGGAGACCGUCCAGUCGUUCAAGGCCAUCCUUGCCGGCAAGUACGACCACCUGCCGGAGAACGCCUUCUACAUGGUCGGUGACGCCAGCGAUGUCGUCAAAAAGGCGGAGAAGCUUGCUGCCGAGCUCGAGGCCGGUAACUAGGCGCCGUUGACGUGCGCUCGUGGUUCCCCGUCGUCGUAGAUUCGUCCUCCUCUCUUCCUUGCCUUCCUCCCUCCCCUCCCCUCCUUCCUUUCGAAAAGUCAAGCAUUUGGGUUUGUGAUACCU